AUGAAUCCAACAAAUAAUUCCAUUGAAGAAAGCAAUUAUCCCAAUGAUCCCAUUAUUAAAUACACCAACAAAGGUUCAGUCAGUAGUAAUUUCAUUUAUGAAGUUAUAAAUAUAGGACAUUAUCCUGAAAACUAUAAAACUACUCAUGGAAGUUCCCACCCUAUUCCUGAUAAUUAUAAGAUCAAAACAACAUUUGUAAAAAAUACCAUAACAUGCUCAAUUAAUUAUAAUAAAAAUAAUGAUCCUGUUUAUCGAAUUGAUUGGGUUGAUGAUGUUAAUAAAUUUAAUGUAAUUUUUAUAAAAUCAGCAACAGAAGCUGUUGAUUUAUUUUUGAAAAGAUCAAGGGUUAUAUCAAUAGGCCAAAGUAUACUGCAGACAUUUGAAAAUAGUAAAUCAUCUGCUUUAAAUAUUAAUAAAAACUUGGAACAAGCAACAUUGGUCAAAACAACAUUUGAAACAAAUGGCACUCAAUAUGAACUUACUUAUGAUAAAAAAAAUUCAAAUGCUGAAGAAGAAGCUAUUGUCAAAGUAUUAGAUGAACAUAAUAUUGAAAAAAAAAAUCAAUCUGAAAAAAUACCAAUUUUUACUUUCAAUACAUCAUUUGAAAAAACUGUAAAAAGUGUUACAAAUGACAUGGAUAUUGAUGAUGAUACAGAAGAAAUAAGUGAAAAUAUACUAGUAGCAGAAGAAUCACAUGGAAAUGGAGUUCGAAGAAAUAUUAAAGAUAUUCUUUAUUCUUUAAUUCCUUAUUUUAUUGAAAAUGGAAUAUUAAAAGAUAAACUUAUAGAUGGAAUAUAG